AGCAGACAAAGUCAAGUUAAAGCAAUACCAGACAAGCAGUGCCACAGGACGGACGCGCAGUCAGGACGUGUGAAGCAGAAUAUCAAUUGUACUUUGUGGAGAAAAGAAAAUUAUUAUUAUUAACUGUGUUGUGUAAAAGAUAAAAUAUGCAGAUUUUCGUGAAAACUCUGACCGGAAAGACCAUCACCCUGGAGGUCGAACCAUCGGAUACGAUUGAGAAUGUGAAGGCGAAGAUCCAGGACAAGGAGGGAAUCCCGCCAGAUCAGCAGCGUCUGAUCUUCGCCGGAAAGCAGCUGGAGGAUGGCCGCACCCUGUCGGACUAUAACAUCCAGAAGGAGUCCACUCUUCAUCUGGUUCUCCGUCUGCGUGGUGGUAUGCAGAUUUUCGUGAAAACUCUAACCGGAAAGACCAUCACGCUGGAGGUUGAGCCAUCGGAUACGAUUGAGAAUGUGAAGGCGAAGAUCCAGGACAAGGAGGGAAUUCCGCCAGAUCAGCAGCGUCUGAUCUUCGCCGGAAAGCAGCUGGAGGAUGGCCGCACCCUGUCGGACUAUAACAUCCAGAAGGAGUCCACCCUUCAUCUGGUUCUCCGUCUGCGUGGUGGUAUGCAGAUUUUCGUGAAAACUCUGACCGGAAAGACCAUCACGCUGGAGGUUGAGCCAUCGGAUACGAUUGAGAAUGUGAAGGCGAAGAUCCAGGACAAGGAGGGAAUCCCGCCAGAUCAGCAGCGUCUGAUCUUCGCCGGAAAGCAGCUGGAGGAUGGCCGCACCCUGUCGGACUAUAACAUCCAGAAGGAGUCCACCCUUCAUCUGGUUCUCCGUCUGCGUGGUGGUAUGCAGAUUUUCGUGAAAACUCUGACCGGAAAGACCAUCACGCUGGAGGUUGAGCCAUCGGAUACGAUUGAGAAUGUGAAGGCGAAGAUCCAGGACAAGGAGGGAAUCCCGCCAGAUCAGCAGCGUCUGAUCUUCGCCGGAAAGCAGCUGGAGGAUGGCCGCACCCUGUCGGACUAUAACAUCCAGAAGGAGUCCACUCUUCAUCUGGUUCUCCGUCUGCGUGGUGGUAUGCAGAUUUUCGUGAAAACUCUGACCGGAAAGACCAUCACGCUGGAGGUUGAGCCAUCGGAUACGAUUGAGAAUGUGAAGGCGAAGAUCCAGGACAAGGAGGGAAUCCCGCCAGAUCAGCAGCGUCUGAUCUUCGCUGGAAAGCAGCUGGAGGAUGGCCGCACCCUGUCGGACUAUAACAUCCAGAAGGAGUCCACUCUUCAUCUGGUUCUCCGUCUGCGUGGUGGCAUGCAGAUUUUCGUGAAAACUCUGACCGGAAAGACCAUCACCCUGGAGGUCGAACCAUCGGAUACGAUUGAGAAUGUGAAGGCGAAGAUCCAGGACAAGGAGGGAAUCCCGCCAGAUCAGCAGCGUCUGAUCUUCGCCGGAAAGCAGCUGGAGGAUGGCCGCACCCUGUCGGACUAUAACAUCCAGAAGGAGUCCACUCUUCAUCUGGUUCUCCGUCUGCGUGGUGGUAUGCAGAUUUUCGUGAAAACUCUAACCGGAAAGACCAUCACGCUGGAGGUUGAGCCAUCGGAUACGAUUGAGAAUGUGAAGGCGAAGAUCCAGGACAAGGAGGGAAUUCCGCCAGAUCAGCAGCGUCUGAUCUUCGCCGGAAAGCAGCUGGAGGAUGGCCGCACCCUGUCGGACUAUAACAUCCAGAAGGAGUCCACCCUUCAUCUGGUUCUCCGUCUGCGUGGUGGUAUGCAGAUUUUCGUGAAAACUCUGACCGGAAAGACCAUCACGCUGGAGGUUGAGCCAUCGGAUACGAUUGAGAAUGUGAAGGCGAAGAUCCAGGACAAGGAGGGAAUCCCGCCAGAUCAGCAGCGUCUGAUCUUCGCCGGAAAGCAGCUGGAGGAUGGCCGCACCCUGUCGGACUAUAACAUCCAGAAGGAGUCCACCCUUCAUCUGGUUCUCCGUCUGCGUGGUGGUAUGCAGAUUUUCGUGAAAACUCUGACCGGAAAGACCAUCACGCUGGAGGUUGAGCCAUCGGAUACGAUUGAGAAUGUGAAGGCGAAGAUCCAGGACAAGGAGGGAAUCCCGCCAGAUCAGCAGCGUCUGAUCUUCGCCGGAAAGCAGCUGGAGGAUGGCCGCACCCUGUCGGACUAUAACAUCCAGAAGGAGUCCACUCUUCAUCUGGUUCUCCGUCUGCGUGGUGGUAUGCAGAUUUUCGUGAAAACUCUGACCGGAAAGACCAUCACGCUGGAGGUUGAGCCAUCGGAUACGAUUGAGAAUGUGAAGGCGAAGAUCCAGGACAAGGAGGGAAUCCCGCCAGAUCAGCAGCGUCUGAUCUUCGCUGGAAAGCAGCUGGAGGAUGGCCGCACCCUGUCGGACUAUAACAUCCAGAAGGAGUCCACUCUUCAUCUGGUUCUCCGUCUGCGUGGUGGAAAUUAAUUCGUUGAAUAAAGCACAUUGAAUCGUCAUGAA